AGGCGGCCGGACUUCCUUCCCCUCCCCAGCCUUCCCGCGGGCGGACGCCGCGGCGCCUCGCUCUCGCCUUUUUCUUAUUUUUUUCCCCCCUUCCCCCUUCCUUUUCUUUUCUUUUUCCCCUUCCCCCUUCCACCAUUUCCCCUCGGAGGCGCUUCCCCCGGGCAGGGGCCGAGCCGGUCUCACCCCCCGCCUCUCCCCUGCCCCCGCUGCCCUAUGGCGAGAGGGAGCCCCCUCCUCACCGGGGCACCGGCGGCGGCGGCGGCGGCCUCAGGCCCGGGGUCGUCAUGGAACUGAGUCGCUGACGACCCCGGCCGCAGCCGUGUGUCCCGCUUGCGCCCCGCGCCCCCGGCCCGGCCCCCCUUCUCCCUCCUGGGCCGGUCCGGUCCUGGGUCCGCGCGUCGCGCCCCCGUGCGCGGAGGGAAGGAGGAGGUGACGCCCCGGAUGCCCCCGCGUCACCCCUGGGAGGCCUACAGCUCCGCCGGGGAGGAGGAGGAGCACGAAGAGGAGGAGGUAGUUACAUCAAGGUGGGUGGCAGGCAGAUCCAAAGGAUAUCAUGAAGUUUCCAGGACCUUUGGAAAACCAGAGAUUGUCUUUCUUAUUAGAAAAGGCAAUCUCUAGGGAAGCCCAGAUGUGGAAGGUGAAUGUGCCGAAAAUACCUACAAAUCAGAGUGUUUCUCCAUCCCAGAGAGAUGAAGUAAUUCAGUGGCUGGCCAAACUCAAGUACCAAUUCAACCUUUACCCAGAAACAUUUGCUCUGGCUAGCAGUCUUUUGGACAGGUUUUUAGCUACUGUAAAGGCCCACCCAAAAUACUUGAGUUGUAUUGCAAUUAGCUGCUUUUUCCUAGCUGCCAAGACUGUUGAAGAGGAUGAGAAAAUUCCAGUACUGAAGGUAUUGGCAAGAGACAGUUUCUGUGGAUGUUCCUUUUCUGAAAUUUUGAGAAUGGAGAGAAUUAUUUUGGAUAAGUUGAAUUGGGAUCUUCACACAGCAACACCAUUGGAUUUUCUUCACAUUUUCCACUCCAUUGCAGUGUCAACUAGGCCGCAGUUACUUUUCAGUUUGCCCAAUUUGAGCCCGUCUCUACAUUUGGCAGUCCUUAUCAAACAGCUACUUCACUGUAUGGCCUGCAGCCAACUUCUGCAAUUCAAAGGAUCCAUGCUUGCUCUGGCCAUGGUUAGCUUGGAAAUGGAGAAACUCAUUCCUGAUUGGCUUCCUCUUACAAUUGAACUGCUCCAGAAAGCACAGAUGGAUAGCUCCCAGUUGAUCCACUGUCGGGAGCUUGUGGCACAUCACCUUUCUACUCUGCAGUCCUCCCUGCCUCUAAAUUCCGUUUAUGUCUACCGUCCCCUCAAGCACACCCUGGUGACCUGUGACAAAGGAGUGUUCAGAUUACAUCCCUCCUUUGUCUCAGGCCCAGAUUUCUCCAAGGACAACAGCAAGCCAGAAGUGCCAGUCCGAGGUCCAGCAGCCUUCUACCAUCAUCUCUCAGCUGCCAGUGGGUGCAAGCACACCUCUGCUAAACGCAAAGUGGAGGAAAUGGAAGUGGAUGACUUCUAUGAUGGAAUCAAGCGGCUCUAUAAUGAAGAUAAUGCUGCAGAAAAUGUGGCUUCUGUGUGUGGCACUGAUUUAUCAAGACAAGAGGGACAUGCUUGCCCUUGUCCACCUUUGCAGCCUGUUUCUGUCAUGUAGUUUCAACAUGUGUUACGUUCCGGUGCAAACUAAGGUUGGCUACUUUGGGAACAACCUAUAAAGCUAGGAAAGGCUAUGGAGGGAAAUAUACCUUAUCAGGCUGAUGUGAAGUGAGCCAGGAAAAAAAAACACACCCUCAUUUACUUGUGCAGUUCAAUUAUAAUUCAGCAUUGUUUAAAGGCCAAAAAAUACCUACCAAAACAUUUUUAAAAAGUAAAUUUCUUUAUAGUAUGUCAGUUGUUCUUUUCUUUGCUAUAAAAUGUAGCUUGCCCCAUGUCAAAAAUUUACAAUAUUUGGGAAAAAAAUUCCAAAAUUCACAGCUUUCAAACUUGUUUCCCCAGCAUCCUGAUUUAUUUUCUUGGUUUUGCUUGCUUCUUUAUUGAAUACUUAAUAAAUUUUAUGCAUGUUGAUCUAUGUUCUCUGAUUUCCACUGAAUAGGAAACCCCCAAGUUUUUUAAAGCAAAAUUAGUGGCAGCCAUAUUUAAUCCAUGGUUUAGAUUCCAGUUAAGUGUGGAAAGUGUACUUUAGAAUUGUCCAGAUGAAUCAGAGGUGAUAAUAGACAAAAUUCUCACAUUACCACAUGGAUUUUCUCAUUUAAAACAAAAUUACAGCUUUAUCUAGAACACAGAUUUGUUGAAAUCAUUUUUGACAAUUGUAUGAAAGAAUUUGUGACAAAGUUAAUAUAUCCAGGUGCUCGUCAAAGAACCCUAUAUGUAACAUCAUUAGAUUUUUGUAACUAAUCCGUUUUUACUCAUUUGUAAUCAGUAGGAGUCUGUCUAGAUACUGGGGCAGCUCUAUGAUUUGACAUGUAACACGUAAUUCAGAACCCUUAUUUUAUGUUAGGCUGUUAGGAUUUUCUGAUAAAAAUUAUUUGUGUCUCAUAACCUGCCUGUACUUCCCUUAAUGACUUGGAUCCUGAGCUCCCUUUGCAGUCUGAAGAAGGUAUUGCAGUCAGAACCAUGUACCAAUGAUAAAAGCCUCUGGUAGCAAUAAAAAGUUGUCCUUAA